GAAAGUGUCAUUUGCUCGUUCGUUAGUUUGCCGAACUAGUGAGAUUUGUUUACAUAUUUCUGUCGAAAGGUUUUACAGUUUGGACAACCCCGCCUUAUUCACGUACUAGUCCAGUGUACAGCUAUGGACAAUAAAGUUGUGGAAACCAGCUAACGCUAGCUGAAUGAAUGUCUUUCAGUCAGUUUAAAUUGUUGGAAGUUGGCUCGUUCCAGGCUAGCUAUUACGUAGCUAACGUUAGUACAGUGAGGACGGGCUGCUAUUUAUUGUGAGCGUCCGAUAGCCUGCGGCGUGUUGUGGCCAGCAAUAAAAAACAUCACGGCUGUUGAGCUACUGUGAGGUUCCUUUAUUUUGGACGCGAGGAGCCCUUUGAGGUAACACACCAUGGAUCCAUUUGACAGUAACAGUACAGAGCGAGCGAGCCUUCCAAGGAACAUGAUUGAGAAUAGCAUGUUUGAAGAAGAGCCUGAUGUCGUGGAUUUGGCCAAAGACUCCACUGCAUUUCCGACCUUUCCUGCUCUUGACCCAGAUGAGGUGGUAUUUGAGCCUCGUAGCUCACGGUUGCUUGUACGAGGCCUGGGAGAGAAUGACAUGGACGAGGAUGAAGAGGACUGCGAGUCUUCAGCCCGUCUCCUGGGCAUGUCCUUCAUGAACCGUAGCUCUGCUCACAGAUCCAACUCUUCUCCAUACACCAGACAGGCUCCACCCAGGUCAUGUUCACGACCCUCAGCCCGCACCAUGGUUGUUUGUGUGUUAUUCCUGGUGAUAGUAGCCUCUAUGACCAUGGUACUGUACUUCUUACCUGGAUGCACCUUUACUAGGAAAGGUUGUGCUAAACCGAACAAGACCACACCCUUAGAGACAGUCUACCCUUUGUCCACAAAUGGCGAACUGUUUCCAUGGGCCCAGUUUCGGCUGCCUCUCAGCAUACAUCCCCUCAGCUAUGACCUCACCCUGAACCCCGACCUCGACCACAUGACCUUCACUGGCCGCACUGUUAUCAACAUGUCUGUACAUCACAACACCAAACGCAUUGUCCUGCACAGUGCUAAUCUCAACAUUACCAAAGCUACCUUCAAGCGGGGUGAUGGGGAGGCCAGUGAUGUGACUGUGCUGGAGUACAAACCCAGACAGCAGAUAGCUGUUAAAUUCUCUGAGGAGCUGAAGGCAGGCCAGUACUGUGUAUUGACCCUGGAGUACUCUGCCAGCCUCUCACACACCUAUGAUGGUUUCUACAACAGUUCAUACACAGAUAAAGAAGGAAACAAAAGGGUCCUCGCUGCAACCCAGUUUGAACCGCUAUCGGCCAGGAAGGCAUUCCCUUGCUUUGAUGAGCCAGCUUUCAAAGCUACCUUUCUGAUUAAAAUCAAAAGAAAACCAGACUACAUGACUCUUUCCAACAUGCCAAAGGCUAAAUCUACACCGCUUCCCAGUGGCCUCGUGGAAGAUGAGUUUGAAAAAACCAGUGUCAACAUGAGCACCUACCUGGUGGCCUUCACUGUUGCUAAUUUCACCCCCAUCCGCAAAAAUGUCUCAAAUACUCUGGUGUCUGUGUACUCUGUGCCAGAGAAGAAGGAGCACACUGACUACGCUCUAGAAACAGCCUCCAAACUGCUGAAAUUCUACAAUGAGUUCUUUGAAAUAGACUACCCCCUCAAAAAACUAGACUUGGUAGCCAUCCCAGACUUCCUGGCAGGAGCCAUGGAGAACUGGGGGCUCAUCACUUUCAGAGAGACCAGCCUGCUGGUGGGGAACCAGUCCUCUCCUCUGGAGAAACAAGUAGUUGCCUCUGUCAUAGCACAUGAGCUCGCUCAUCAGUGGUUUGGAAACUUGGUAACUAUGAGCUGGUGGAAUGACCUGUGGCUCAACGAAGGCUUUGCCACUUACAUGCAGUACAUGUCACUGCAGGCAGUGUUGCCCCAGCUGGAUAUUGGAAAUUUAUUCCUGGAGGUGCGGUUCAGAGCCUUGGACAAAGAUGCACUAAACUCCUCUCACGCUGUGUCGACAGAGGUUAAUACACCGGAACAGGUGGAAGAGAUGUUUGACUCCGUCUCCUAUGAAAAGGGUGCAUCCAUUCUUCUGAUGCUGAACGCCUCCCUGCCAGGGGAUCAACAGUUCAGGAAGGGUAUCAUUCAAUACCUAAAACAGUUCAGUGGAUUUAACACGGACACCAAUGACCUCUGGAAUAGUCUUACACAGGUUGAGGUCUCGACGCAGCACCAGAAUGUUUCAGAGAUGAUGAGCUCAUGGACAUCACAGAAAGGCUUCCCACUGGUCACUGUAAGCCGCAAAGGAGAUCAGGUUACCCUCACACAGGAGCAUUUUCUCCUCACCUCUGAUAAUGCCACGGAGACAUCCAGCCUGUGGCAUGUUCCAGUGACGUACGUAAACGACAGCUGUAGUUUGGCCCCUGAGUGCAGACAGGUGUUCGCUUUGAAGAACAAAACAGGUACUUUUAAGCUGCCAGAAAGUGUAAAGUGGCUGAAGUUGAACUACAGAAACACAGGCUUCUACAUCGUUCACUACGAAAAUGAGGGCUGGGCUUCUCUUAUAAAGGCUUUGUCCAGCAAUGUCAGUGUUCUUACACCUGAGGACCGUGCCUCUCUCAUACACAACAUCUUUGCUCUCUCCAGACUGGGACGUGUAUCCUUCCGUCAAGUCCUCAAACUGUUGAACUACAUGUCUAAUGAAACGGAGACACCUCCUGUGACAGAGGCCUUGUUACAGCUCAAUACUAUCUACAGGCUGCUUGACAAAAGACAGGAACAUGUUCUUGUGGCCCGCAUGAAGAAUUACAUUCUGGAUCAUUUUGGUUCUCUGAUGGACAAACAAACAUGGGAAGAGGAGAAGAGCGUUUCAAAGCAGGAGUUGCGCUCAGCCCUGUUGGAGAUGGCCUGUAGACUGAGUGAAGAAAAGUGCACUCAGCAAGCCAAAAACCUGUUCAAACAGUAUGUUGACUCCAAUGGAACGUUUAGGAUACCAGGUGAUCUGCAGCGAGUUGUAUUCGCUGUGGCUGCUCAGUCGGAUCAAGAUUGGUUGACUUUGCUCAACAUGUACAAACAUGCUACCUAUGAUUCAGAGAAGCGAAAAAUGCUACAGGGCCUCGCGUCCACUCAGGACACCCGGCAUAUAGUAUGGAUUCUAAAGGCAGGUCUGAACGGAGGCAUCAUCCAGACACAGGAGCUGCCUUUGGUCAUCAGCACUGUGUGUAACGGCUUCGCCGGCUACUUGUUUGCCUGGGAUUUCAUACAAGAGAACUGGGACCAACUCAUAGAGAAGUUCCCUGUGGGAUCCUUUGCCAUCCAGACAAUCAUCAAAUCUGCCACCUCCCAGUUCUCCACACAGACACGCCUUGAUCAAGUACAGGGUUUCUUCUCCAGGCUGAAGGAGCGCGGCUCUCAGAUGAGGAGCGUUCAGGAGGCUUUGGAAACCAUCAGGCUGAAUCGGCGCUGGAUGGACAAGAACCUGUCUACACUCCAAAAAUGGCUCUAAUACAGGCACUCCAUCCAGUCUCUGCCCCAUUAACAGGCAACUGGGGUAUGUUGUCAAGACAACAGCAGUGUUUGCACUAUUGUAGGACUGUGUCUCCUAACUCCCUUUAUCCGGGCCAGAGUACUAAACAAAGCCAGAGGUUGUCCUCUACCUGGGUGGACAAGGUGUUUGAUUUUCUGAGAUUGGUCCUGUAAGUUGUAUUCGCUAGCUCAGGGUGGUUCUGAUUGUGUGUCUGACAGGGAGUUGUCAGGCGCAAACACACACUCCUCACACUUUAUGCUGUCGACCAAACCUCUCCUCUGCAGCUCUCAUAUAAACCUCAUGCCUGAGCGGACAAUCAUGCUUCACCCAAACGUCUUUCGCUCGGCUUGCUCUCAGGCACUUGAACUGUAUGAGCUGUUUAAUGGCCACUUCAAAAAGAGAAAGUAUGAAGAAUGUCUGUUACUGUUUGUGUAUGUACUGUCAGUCAGUCCUGGACUCUCUCUGUCGGAUAUACGUGAAUGCAGCUGUGAGGGAUUCCUCAGUGAUGACAAGUUGAAAUUACAGUACUUGAGAGAAGUCAGUAUUCUCAGAAUUAAACUAACCUUUUAUCGCUGUGUUAUGAAAAUCUGUGUAGAAAUGAUAGUUGCCUGUCAAUCUGUACUCUACUUAUUCAUGCAACCUGAAGCAUUUACUAUAUUAAUCAUGGUUUCGCUGGAAGAUUGGUAGAUUGAUUGAUUGAUAGCCUAAAGUACCAAAUUUGUGUCGGCAUCACUUGAAUGUACUGAAAAACCUUCCCACUGUGUACAGUAGGUGGCGCACUGCAUGGCAGUGCAGGUUUAAAUCAACAACCAAUGUGUCUUAGGUGAGAGCAGGCAGUGCACACUGGAGCCAAAUUUUCCUGUCCUUCUUUCUUCCUCUCCUCCUUCCUUUCUCUGCCAGUCAUAAACCGUAGUUUAGCUCAUGAAGUUGUAUUUUGAUUGCGUUUUUCUGCGUGCAGUGCAGCCACUGUACAGACUCACUCUUUAACUCUGUGUGCUUGUAAACUAUAUGUAAUUAUAAUGUAAAUAUGCUCAACCCUAUAACCCUUUUCCCUGCGAUUUUGGAUGUACUGUUUUAAACAUCUUGAAUUUUAACAUUUUAAGAUUUGCUUUCUGUUGUGUACAUAUAGUGUAAAGGGGAAAUGUAUACAUAGAAUUGAUCAAGAGUCUUGGUCAGAUACUUUUUACUCUAUUGCUUGAUUUAGACCACCGCAAGGAGGUCCUUAGCUGAUGAAUGUUUGUGUUCUAAGGGCUAAUGUGCACAUUGAAGAUACGAAGUGAGUAGAAGAACAUCUAUAUUGGGCAUGAUUAAUCUGUCCAGUAACCUGUUGCUCAUCAGCCAAAUAAAAAUACAGGAGGUUUAAAGUUAUUCCAAUGUUAACCAGCCAUGUUGCUCCCAAGAAUGAGGAGUAGCCUAGCUAUUUAUUGAGUGUCUUUAUGUUUCCCCAGCUUUUACUCCAAGGUGUUAUUUAAAUAUGCUUGUACACUCAUCCAGAGCUUUAUUUAAAGUGUUAGUUAUUCACUUCAUCACUGUCAUUAGAUUCAGGAUAAUUGAUAUCCAGUAGAUGAGUUGAUUUUUCUAUAAACGUCCUGGUUAACUUCA